CCUUCUUUUGCAAUCAUCCUUCGUCAAUUCAGCAAAAAUUAAUUAUACAAAAAAAAGUUACUUUAAAUUUAUUUAUUUAAUUAUUAUUUUUUAUUAACAAAAAUAGUUGCUCAAAAAAUGGCUAAUGUGUCAGUUCUUCUUAGUUUACUAUUAAUUUCGGCUACGAUUUAUUUAACAAAAUGUGAAGAAGUCAAAAAAUAUACGGAUAAAUAUGAUCAUGUGGAUUACGAUGAAAUUUUGAGCAAUGAUCGACUUCGAAAUCAGUAUUACAGUUGCGCUAUGGGAUCUUCUCGUUGUUUAAGUGAUGAUGCUACAUUCUUUAAAGAUAAAUUUCCGGAAGCAUUGGUAACAAAAUGCAAGUACUGCACUGAACCACAGAAAAUAGGUUUCGAUAAAAUUGUCACUUAUUAUACGGAGAAAGAACCGGAAAAAUGGAAAGCCGUUCUUGAGAAGACAAUCAAAGAUAUUCAAAACAAGCCAAAGCAAUAAUUUAUCCAAUAGGUUCAUCAAUGUAAUUGUAUGUAAUUUAUCGAUAAAACUUAUGUUUACGAAAAACAAUUUUCAUUUGUAAAUUUAAUUGUACAUUGCAUCAUUUAAUUAAAUAUAAAUAUAUUUAAAAAAAA